CUGUCAGAAAGCGUUAUCAACGCUGUCAAAAACAGUAGCAUUUAACACUAGUGCAGAGAUCUGUAGAAAAAGUAGGUUACAGAAUAAAAUGAAAUAUGCAAACACUAUGAAGUAUGUGCCAAGUCAUUCGGUAUAGUAGUUAAAUUUUCACAAAUCAUGCUAUAAACAUUUAUAACAGCACUAGACAAGUUAUCAGCUACACAGCAAUGGUUAUAAAUAAAAACUAUAACAGUAUUGUUGCAUGUAUAAUAAACAACUGAUAAAAUUAUCCACCCCAUAACUAUAGAAAUGUAUUAACAAAUUUUGAUGCAAUAAAUAGGGUAUAAUUUAAAAAUUAAAAUCCCUCCAAAACAGAGAAAACUUCUUUCUUUCACAAAAAUUUCUGUCUAUUUUAAAGUGUUAAUAGUGUAUAAUGAGUUGUGUAUAUAUAGGGGUUAUUAUAGCACAAUUCUAUAAUAAGAGGUUAUUAUAGCAUCCAAUCUCCCCCCAACCAUCCCCCCAUCCGGACCUCACUAAUUUUCAAAGCCUGGCUACGGCCAUGGCUGUACUGUUCACAAAUACCAAACAUGAAUUCUGUGCUUCAGUUUUUGAAAAUGUGAGGUAAGAUGUAAGUAGCCAAACAUUGAAUAUUUGACAACUGUAUUAUGAACAGUAAUAUCCAGUGAUGCAAACACACUGGUUACAGCCUUGCCUCAGCAUAUCAUCGUACAUGUAUAUAUUUGCAAUAACACGCAUACCACACAAUAACACACAAUGAAUUGCUAUUUUAGAUGUUUACUAGAUUUAUUGGUAUUAGAAGCACAGUUUAAAAUGUUCCACCAUAUGACAAGCCUAAUGGUUAGAGAGUCGGACUCGCAACCCAAAGGUCACAGGUUCGAGUCUCAGGUCCGGCAGGAAUUGUAGGUGAGGUGAGUGAAUAACCAGCGCUCUCUCCACCCUCAAUACCACGACUGAGGUGCCCUUGAGCAAGGCACCGAACCCCCAACUGCUCCCGCAGCAGCAUAAAUGGCUGCCCACUGCUCUUGGUGUGUGUUCACGGUGUGUGUGUGUUCACUGCUGUGUGUGUGCACUUUGGAUGGGAUAAAUGCAGAGCACAAAUUCUGAGUAUGGGUUACCACACUUGGCCACAUGUCACUUCACUCACUCACUUCACUCACUCACUCGCUGACAAGAACAGCUUAAAUAUUCCAGAAGUUUGUUGACAUCCUGUCAGAGUAACAGUGAGAGCUUUGUUUCGUGAGACGUCUUGACGCUCCAUGAGAAGAAUCAAAUGUUCCCACGUCUGUUUGAACUAUCACUUUCACAGUGUUCAGUGAAAGGGGAAGUGUAUGUUUACAAGGAAGCAUUCAUCUGCAUCUAUUAGUAGCAUGCAGUCUAGUUUGAAGCUGAAGUUCAAACCAGACUAUUGAGAUGAUCCAGAGUGCCUUGUCAUGCUGAUUAUUCAUGUAUUGGAGAAAGAAAUAAAGUCUUAUUGAUGUUAUGUGAUACCAGGCUUAUAUUCAGAAUGACUUAUUAACAUACUACAGUAUGUACUGUAUACUCUGCACAUUAUGCAAAUUUUCUCUAUGCAUUUAAUAUACAGAAUAUCAAAAUAUCUUAAAUUGUGUUCUGAAACAUCUUAUGGGUUUGGAACAACAUGAGGGCGAGUAUUUAAUGACAGAGUUUUCAUUUUUGGGUGAACUAUCCCUUUAACUGUACACCAUCCACAUGCAAUUUGAUGUCAUGUGACAACACUGUACUGUUUAAAAUGUUUAGUGUGGAAUAAUGAAUUAAUGAAAUCUGAUUUUGUGUCCAGGCAACUAUACAUGUUAACCUUCACCUCUGCUUUGCAAAAAGAGAUUAGUUUGAAUUCCUGCGUUCAGUUACUGACACUUCGGAUGGCUUUAUGUGUGUACUGUGUAGUGAAUAUGUCUUUGCAGAGUAUCGCAGGUGCUGUGCAAACAUCUAUGUUGAUCUUGUGCUUUCUCUAGCCGCACACACCCUCUAAAUCACCCUGUUUAUGUGGGUUUGCAGAAGAGCCAUGAGCAGUGCCAGGUUCAUCAUUCUUGUUCCGUGAACACACACACACACACACACAUUAGAGAGCCAACUGUGCACGUGUUUAUGCUUAACACUCAGAAUGAGGCACCGCCACACAAAAGACAACAGAUGUUAGUGCCUGGUUGGUUAGAUGGUGCUCUUCAACUGCCCUUGGAUGCAUGUGGUGUUAUGGUACUAGGUAGAGUCAGGUCAUUUUUAAAAGGUCUUUUAACACAAACUCAUUGGACAUACAGUGUGGUCCAAAUGUCAUGUUGAACAUCAGGGAUUCAAAAAUGUAAUUUACAUUUGGAAGUUUAUGGCAUAAAUGAUAAACAGAUUGAGAUUCUGCACUAUUUAGGUCACUAAUCAAAUGAGCAAAUUUGUAAAGGAGUUCACAUGAUCAAUGUGACCGAUGAUCAGAUGUUCUUGCUUCCAUUGAAGAACAAGAUGUUGUUUGGACAAUCCCAUUCUCAAAUUAUAUAUGGGAUAACAUGAUCAUGAAUCGUGCUUUGUUGGUGUAAUUAAAGCAAAAGGGUGGCAUACCAAAUACUAAGAUGAUCUGAAUGUAAGUCAUGUCAGUUCAACUUUUCACUGCAGUUGGGAUGAUGAUAAUAAUGUAAAAUUAGCAGAAUACAUCAGAAAAAUGCAAAAGUCUUUUGGAUCCCACUGUGUCAUAGUUUUUUUGUUAUACUGUACAGUUUACUUGCUCUAUUUGAAGAUGUGGAUAUUAGGUAAACGGUGACAAAUGUUGAGCAGUCAUCACAUUCCCAGUGUACUUUGCUUUGAGCAAAGGUGAGUGAGCAAAGAUCCUGAAUCCUUGUGCAAAUUCUGUGUUCCAGACAGCUUGUGUGCCAGAUGCACAUAAAACAGGUGAGAUUUUUCCCACUGCCCAAUGCAAUGACCUGGAGAAUCCAGACAGGUUUUUUUUUUUUUUUUGGCUGUGUAUUUUAGUAAAGCAGAGCAGGGAAACCCAUAAGAAGAUGAAAGAGAAGAGCAAUUUGUUAAUAUAACUGGGAAAGUAUUCAAGAAAUGCUAAUGGAUUUCAUCAACAGCUGUGUUUUGUAGUAUAGUAUAUUAUAGUAGCAUUGAAGAUGCUGGUAAUGCUCAACAGCAGUCUUAGGCUUACUUAUUCCAUCUCUAAAUCAUGUAGAUCUACUAUAAUAUGCUGCUCAUUACUCCAGUCAAUGUUUGCCAUCAAUGGUUGACACUUCUGAAACCUCAGAUGAUGAAACUAAAUAAUGCAUGAAGCUUUCUGUGACUGUACAUAGCUCAUGAAGAAUUUAAAGGGAUAGAUAGUUCACCCUCAUAAUUUUCAUAAUUAUUAUUUUUUUUUUGAAAGAAAUUAAUACUUUUAUUCAGCAAGGAUAUGUUAAAUUAUUGAAAAAGUGAGAAGUAAAGACUUAAGCCUACAUUGUUACAAUUUUUAAUUUUUUAAAUAAAUGCUGUUCUUUUUAACUUUUUAUUAAUCAAAGAAUCUUGAAAAAAGUAUCACAGUUUAUAAAAACAUAUUAAGCAGCACAACUGUUUCCAAACAUGAAUAAUAAAUCAGCGUAUUAAAAUGAUUUCUGAAGGAUCAUGUGACAUUGAAGACUAGAGUAAUGGCUGAUGAAAAUUCAGCUUUGAUCAAAGAAAUGCAGCCAUGAAAAGUAUAAGAGACUUGAAAAGUCAAUACAUUCCUAUUGCUCUAGAAAGAAAAAUGAAAACACACACACACGCACACUGUUACUAAGUGCUACAAGCACACACGUCAGAAUGAGCUGUCAGGAUGUCUAGAGGCCUGGGCGCUGUGUAAUGAGUGUGUGUUUGUAUGUAGGAUGAAUAGCGCUUCAGGAUGGCUGUGCAAUAUCCAACAUCUAUAAUCUGCUUCGGGCUGAGUAGCUAACUAAAUAUCCUAAUAACAAGGACCACUAAUGGGAUGGAUUUUCAAUAUUAGCGAUUAUAGUAUUACAAAAUGAUUAUGUAGUCAUGAGCGAAUAUUUGGAUUUCUAACACCUCAUAGCUCUAGAGCGGGAGUGUCCUGUGUAGAAACAACAAUUGCGGUCAGUUGAUAAAAGGGUGUUUUCUGUAAUUUGGCAAUUAGAUUGUUAAUUACAUUCUGUCAUCAUAUAAGGCGUGAGUCUUUAAUCUUACAAAUAAGAACAUACCAAAGCAGUUUUGCAAGUGCACUGUGUUACGUUGUGCGAUACAAUGGUUUAAUAAAUUGACUGCAGAAAGGCUUGCUGGAGGUGCAUAGAGACACGUUGGCUUGACUGCACUAUUUUAGGCCGCAUGGCAGUAACCUUAAGCUAGACCGGCAUGUUUGGCAGUAUAAAUAUCCAGGUUCACACCGGCACUCUGGCUCUGUUUACAAUGAGCUUGUGACAGCCCUGUGUGAAGAGACGGAUCCUGCCGAUUGGAUAUUGAUUCAACCCACGCUGUCCUUUGAAAAGUUGAUGGACGCCUCUACUGUUGACUCACCGAAGUCAUAUGUAUCUUCAUUUGGACUUGCUAUGGACCAGCAGCACAAUUUAUUGAGCUCCUCGCCCAAUAGCCACACAGCUCACUACAACUCUGGCGAUACCAUGGCAACCUCCCUUUCUGGAAUGACCAUCAACGAUCAUCACCAUGGCAACCAAUUCCAUAAGGAGAAUGGAAUUGCGGUGGGGCUCGUGAGACCAGGGGACUGUCCAAUGAAAGAGGGGUUUUCAGAAGAACAGGUGGAUGAUGAGCACAGUAAUGCUGAAGGCACCUCCUCUGCUGAGGAGAAGCAAUGUGAGAGCCCCCAGGAUUCAAGACAGGAAGAGAAAGAAGAUCAGUCCCAGCCUGUAGUGGAAAUGGCGAGCGCUGGAGGAGCAGUGCCUGCAGCUUUAGCAGCAGGGUUUCCAUCAGAUGGUUAUGAUCAACACUCGGACUGGAGCCAUGUAGACCCCGAGAGAAUACUAGAGCAGGACGAAGACCUCCUUAGAAGCAGCUGGUCUGGACGACCGGUCCAUUCCCAUCAUCGGCGGACAGCUGUGAGUCCAGACCGCACUAGGAGCCUGUCUCUGGAGAACGAGCCACCUGCAACUUUCCUGGUCCGCAGCUCCGCCCUGGAAGACCUGACAUCCGUCGGGGAGAGGACUGUAGAAGCCAGGGCUCCUUACAGCGAGACCCUCCAGGAAGAGGAAGAGCUGUCUUUUUACAGCAACGAGAGCCAUGUUGAAGAAGAGACGCUCCCGGCGUGGGCCAGCAGGGCUCAGACGACUCUCGUUGAACAUGCACCUUCUGAAACCAAAGAACAUAGUGUUUCCGAAGCUCUGCCUCAUGAACACAUGGAAGCAACGGGAGAAGUGCAGGAGAAAGUCGAUGCUACGUUAUCAGCAGUUGAUCGCAGCGUUAUCGCUACCGCCGAAGAUGACGGAAAGACAGAAGCCACUCCUCCCUCUACAAGCACAGCUGGCUCUCCAAAAGGUGUCCACGUCUCCCCGGCAAGAAAAUCCCUGGUGCCGGUGGCUCAGUUCAAAGCUCAGUCCAAGACCAAUGGUGAUGCUGAGAAGAGGACCCCUAAACACAGUAAAGUCAGACCCUCCUCCCAUAAAACACCUUCCUCCAUCCUGAAAAAGACCACCUCUAGUAGAUCUCCCUCAGUGUCUUCCACCAGUUCUGGGCCCAAAGAAUCCAGGCCAAGAGCUCCUAGUAGCAGUAGACCUCAUGCUGCCGGUACAAAGAUUCCUGCCAUGACUGUGGCUGCCAAAAAUGGAAAAGACUCUCCUAAGACCCCGGAGACCAGCGGGCACAGCAGCCCCGGCACUCCCAAAUCCCCUGCCAGCAAGGCUGCGGGUGGCAAGCCUCCAAGCACAGGAAAUGAAAUCAAGAAGGUCGCAGUGAUUCGCUCGACCCCUAAAUCUCCGAAGAACCGCUCACCCACAUCACUGUCGGCCGCUGCCCCCCUCCCUGAUCUGAAGAACAUACGAUCCAAAAUCGGCUCCAUUGACAACAUGAAGCACCAGCCUGGAGGCGGCCGGGUACAAAUUCUUGAUCAGAAGGUGGAUUUCAGUAAUGUUCAGUCCAAGUGUGGCUCCAAAGGCAACCUCAGGCAUGUGCCAGGAGGUGGAAAUAUUGAGUCGCACAAACUGAUGUUCCGUGAGCAGGCCAAAGCGCGAACCGACCAUGGCGCAGAAAUCGUGUCUCUGGAGGAGUCGCCACACGGCCUGAGCACCGUCUCCUCUUCUGGAAGCAUCAACAUGGCUGACCCACCGCAGCUUUCCACCCUCGCUGACCAGGUGUCUGCAUCGCUGGCUAAGCAGGGCUUGUGAUUGUACCAUACCGAAUUCUCCUCCCAUUCUCUUCCGCAUACCUGAUGGUAUUCUAACCUCUCUCUGAAAGUCAUUUUGUGGCCCAGAAAACAACGCCAAGUAACUGUUCGAUUUUGUAAUACUUAAGAUUUGUUAUAGGCCAAUGAAGCUGUUUGAACUGUGAAUUAUGUAUGAAUUUGCCUCAUCCUUCACUUUAAGGCAGUGCCCACGGUGGAAAUUUUUAACAAUUGGACAUUUCCCCCAACCGCCCUCCAUUGACUAUAUUCAGUAGCACACAAUUACAUUCAUGUAUUUGUUUGGCUUUUGUUGACCAUUAUAUAUUUCCUUGGUUCCUACUGGAUUUAGGCCAGUUCAUACAGAACCCAUUUUUUCUUUCAGAGAGGAUUGUUCUCAUUUUUAAAUCAGGCUAAAAUUAGAUUGAGAUUAUGAAUAAAUCGCUUAGCAGUGCUUAGAAUGAAAAUUAGAGCAUGGUAUCUUGACUUUGAGAAAGAAACUUAAAGCCCCACAAUUUGUUUGAAAUGAUUUGCAAGGCUUAUGUGAAGAAAAACAGGUGCGUAACGGCUUUGUGUAGAAGGCUGAAAGCUGUUUAGUUGUUUUCGAUCUCUCGUAUGUGCUGUCGAUCAGAGAUUAUACUUCACGUCUAAAAUGACCAUGAGAUUCAGAGUGCUUCAUAAGGAAACGUCUCUUUCAAUAUUAUUCUGUGGAUGAAUAUGGGAUGUUUAUAAAAUGAAAACACUUUUUUUGUGUGCCUACUGGCAGUCUUAAAUUAUUGGUUUGAAUUACGUCAGUGCUUCAUUGAAAAUGCCUCCCUUUUCUUUUUUUUUUUUGUUCGCUUGUUCUCUAACUUGGCAACUAACGGAACAUUUAACUUCCAUUUAUAUUUUUUAACAUAAUCAUAAAAUUGUAGCCAUGUGUUUUAACCAAGAUGGACAUGUCUGCUGUUUUAAACAGUUUGAUUGGUUAACAUUUUACAUUGAGGUUCAGGUUGUUGGCAUUAGGUAUCACGAAAUAACAACAAACUAUACUUUUACAGCAUUUAUUAAUCUCGAUAAAUGUUAAUUUCUACAUAUACUCAUGCAUUUUAACAUUUAUUUACUAACAAUGAACAAUAGGAAAGAAGUUGACCUGGAUUAAAAAUUGCUGUAAAAAAUGGCUCUUUUUGUUUGAUUCAAAAUGCAUUAUUGUAAAGUGUUAUUGUUUUAUUAAUAACAGGUUGCAUGUGAGAAAUCGGAACAUUAUUUGAAAUAUCUUGUGAAAAAAACACCUAUGCACCUGUAAACUUCCUCCGUAAUACUGCCAACAGUUCCUCUCAUUUCUCUAGCUGAGAAAUAAUUUAUGAGAUGAAUUGCCAAACUGUUCGUCUUCAGGCACGCACCCACUGUAUUGUAAUUUUUCUGGCGACAUUAACAAUAUCAAGUAUUGUAUUAUUCACGGAAAGCGUCACUCGAGCACAAGCAUGCCGUUCAGCUUGGAUCUGUCACAUGUGACCACAUCAUCCGCUUCCACUUUAUAGCUAUGAAAUGUUAAGUCAAGGUCUUCUGUCUUACUGAACGAUGAUGUAAUGACCUCAGCCAAUCAUAUGGCUUAAAUUCUCCCCCCUGCACUGCACUAUCGCAGAAUGUUUAAUGAGCUUCGAACCACUCCACAUGAUCUUUGCUCCUAGCAUGCAUUUCAUGUAAGCAGCCCGAAAUACUGCGUUGCCUCUUACACGCCUACUUGCGUAUAUCCCAUAAUCGCUGAUGUGCUUAUUAGGAAUCUAUGUAGAUGGUAGUGGAAAAGAGCACUACUCAGACGGCGACCCCUGUUUCUUUGUGUUGGAGAUGGAGCCGUGUAACUACCAUUAGAUAUUUAAUGUAUGUUUAUUGUAUGUUUAUGACUGUAUGUUUAUAUAAGGACUUGAAGAGACUUCAAAAAAAAAAAAAAAAAAAAUUCAAAGCAGAGAAGUUCAGAAACCAUGCUUGCAACAUUUUAAUCUGCAUGCUGAGUUUUUACAUGAAUUGGCAACAAGUUUCUGAACGUUUUCUGAGUAGGGUGUUUUUGGGAAGGUCGGGAGAGCUUGGAUGUGGGAUAAGCUGUUUGUUACGGUUUUGAUGUUGUGAUGAGAGAUAAAGUGAGCGUUCUGCGGACAGGAAGUAGGAAAGAAAGUCAGUCGGUCCUUUGGUUUAAAUGUCUCACUCUAUAGCACACCUUCGACAUAGUUCUGGGUGCAGUUUUGCCAUCCUGUUGACAUUGACUCCAUACACCAUUUUUGCAGUUGUAAAUUUUAGCUUGGGAUCUGUGGUUGUCAAUAUUGUUCGUGUGUUUUAUUAAUAACUGGUUUACAAUGAUUCUUGUUGAUGUACAUGUGAAUUUGGAAAUAAAGGAUACUA